CCGUGCUAAUACAUACACUCCUUAUAAAAUAAGAACGCCGGAAAGUUUACCAGGAUAUUGUCCGUGCGUCGUUUCCGUGUGAUGUGGUCUAUUUAAGUGGAUACAGUUUCUCUGGGAUAUUACUUGGAUUUUCUCACACAAUUUGUGGUUGUAGCAAAAUAUCGGUGUUUAUCGUGUUUCUGAGAAUGGACUAGAAAGGUAAAUAUUAUUUACCAUGCGGAGGACCGCCAGAAGAAAGAUGUUUUGUGAUGGAGCGAGGUGUGGCAUAUAGAACAGAAAAAGAGCCAAAUAGACGAUAAAAGCUUUUAGCAGGAGAGGAUAACACUAUAUUCAGUAUGGAUUUACGGCGAGUGUUACAAGGGAUGCUGUGCCUGUCUGUGUUUGUGACGAUGUACUCAACGGUACCAGUACCCCGUCACCGAAAAAGGAAGAUCAGACCGUGCAGAUGUAAAAAGUUAUUAAAAGAUAUCAAUGACGUCAUAGAUUCCAAAAUUAAAACAUUAGAGGAGAAAUUCGUAGAACGUUUACCUAUUAUAAAUGACUUAAAUAUUAAUAGCACAGUAAGUUUACAAGAAAUGAACUCAAAAAUGAGUCGACUGUUUCGUGACGUUCAGGAAACAGAAGAGGUGUUACGACGGGAAAGUCUGGCGCUAAGGCAGGUGAAGGAACACAUGCAGACACAGAGUGACACUAUGGGUAAUAUGAGUGAGGGUCUGAGCGCUGUCGAAGCGAUUGUCAGAAACUUAACUAAAGUUGUGGAAAAUUUGAGAGUUAUUCCUUCCAGUUCUAUAAGUAAUGCCAUUGUGGACCAGACUACUACAACUACAACGACAUCCCCUACUAUGCACGCGGCUCAUCAACCGGACGUUCCAUCACAAGAUGGCCCAGCACCCAUUGUUUACCCCAGACAUUGUCAUGACGUUUACCAAAGUGGUAGCCUUCGUUACGAGGGAGACUACAAUAUAAUGAUCCAACCAGAAAGAGCCCCUGCCCCAUUCAUGGCGCCUUGUAAGGCCAGAGAAGGUGGCGGCUGGACAGUGUUACAGCGCCGCCUGGACGGAUCUGUAGACUUCUACCGGAACUGGACAGAGUACAAAAACGGGUUCGGGAGUUUAUCUGGCGAGUUUUGGAUUGGAAAUGACAAUAUUUAUCGUCUAUGUAGCCAAGGUAAAUUUAAACUCCGAGUGGAAAUUGAACAGUGGAACGGAAGCAGGUACUAUGCUAUCUAUGACUACUUCCGGAUUGAAGACGAGUCGGAUGACUACAGGCUGCACGUGAGCGGUUACCAUGGUACUGCUGGCGACUCGAUGACGUCACACCGAGAGAACCACAAUGGUGUUCGGUUUAGUACGUACGACACUGACAAUGACCUUCGUCCGUUUGACAACUGUGCCAUGCAUUACCGGGGAGGCUGGUGGUACAACGACUGUUUUGAUUCUAACCUCAAUGGACGAUACUAUCAGAAAGGCUUUCAUAACAACUACUUUAGACAAAAUGGCAUACACUGGAACAGCCUACACAAAUAUUCCUCGCUCAAGACCGCCCAGAUGAUGGUCAUGCCCGCGUCAGACUUUAUUGCACACAAUAAGGUAUCACCAGGUGCAUGAAUCACGUGACGUCAGCUCCUCCAGCUAGUCAUUAGCAGCGCAGUCAUCUCGUGAUGCAUUUGCACGUUUACCUCUGACGUGGAGAUUGCGGGAAAAUUGCAACAGACUCAAUAAACAUGUAGAUAUUACAUAUAACUGGUUGUGAGAAAGAGACUGUUGCGCUGAUCCAAAUAAUGAGCAUGCGCAGAUCUUAAGAAACUGUAGAAUACUCAAAUAAGUGAUUGUUUGCGCGAUAUGUGAUACUUGGAAGUCUAGCUUCCUGUUAGUCUUGCGUUUCUUUCCUGGAUAUGCAUUCUUCCGGUUUACAAAAACAGGCCUGUACUGACUUCCUUAUUCAAGUGGCUGGUUAAAUUUUCACAAAAUGACAAUGUUUGUGACUUCCGGCCUCGUAUUUUAUCUUCCAUUAACAUAUAUAACCAAUAACGUCCAUUUGUGGAACAGGAAUAUCAUCAAGGUGCUAACUACAUACCAAUGGGCUAUUUAUUGUGUCCGUGGUGUAUUACUACGCAGACCCAAUUACACACACUUCCUGUGUCGGUGUGGUGCCAGUGUCAUAAAGUGGGAGGAACAUGGUGCUGUACAAAAACUUAACACAUCUUUUCACGCAGACGUGUGUAUUAAUGGUUCCGUGCGGAGUCACAGUGACCUACUUAAAUGUGUGAUAACACGUGACAGCAAUUAUAAUGCUUUGGUGUGGUGACAUGUGUCGUUUAAACUCUAACCAUGGACGAUUGGGAAAUGACGUGAUGUGACCGUUUCUGUGGUAUAGAUAUGUAUGUAGCUAUGAAAAAUGAAAUGGCAUUGAUUUCAAGUUAUUAAGUAAUCGCCGUCACUCAGACGUUUUAUUUAAUGAUCACGUGGUCUCGUCUGUCUCUUCCGUAUCGAUUCAUUGUAUAUUUUGAAUAUUGGAUGUAAAUAUGUGACUGUUGAUAACGAAGAUGUACCCUGAACUACAGUAUAUGUAAGGGUGAAUAUAUAUAAGUAAUGAUAAAGAUAUUAUUUAUUGUUGGUAUAAUGUAAAUUCAUAUGUUAAUGUUUUCACUGCCUAACAGAACUUGUCACCAGCCCUAACUCUGUCCAAGUUCCUGUAUUGAACCUCUAAACGUGUUUAUGAAAAAAAGUGGACCAAAAGUUCAUUAUCUGUAAAUUUUAAUAAGACAUAAGAUAUCACCUCUGUCUUACAAUUAGUCUAUCCUGUAUUCGCGUGAUGUGAACAUUAAUUGAAUGAAUGUAAGAGUACACGGCCCUGUGGAUUUAUCAGUAUAACUUUAACCAUAGAGUCCCCUCAGCUGCUGGUUCCUCAGGUACCGGACGUUCGAGAUCAUGUUUUAUUGUCUGUACAAAGUUUACUAUGAUUUCUCUUAUACGUCAAAGGUAUGUACCAGUGGUAGAUUAAUAUCGCUCUGAACUUUGGUCGGCAGUGCGGAUUCUGUCUUUAUCUUUACUGCUCCUGUUUAAGUCGGUAAACAUGAGCCCAGCUUUCAUGUUCUAAAGGAGGUACUAUUUUCGGUGGAUUUUUAGAAUUAAGACGCUGAACUAUUGUCAGUAUUACAAAGGCUUAUCUAGGUCAAAAUGUAUAUAAUUUCUCCAUUUUGUUGUGCUCAUUUUCUUAUUAAGGCGAUCAUAUAUCAGUGAACAAUAUCUCAAUGACGGAGGGAAGACAGGUUUCAUGUCUGACAAGUACCAGAUAGAUACACAUUUGUGUAUAUAUGUGUGUGUAACAUGCAAGCCUUCUCGUUCUGUUUCACUAUUUCCAUUCAUUUUUCGUGUAAUAUCAUUUAUCGUUAAUUUAUUUCUAAGCAUUCUGAUGAUCACUGGUGUAACCUUUUGCACAUGAAAAGCACAGUUUCUUAUUCGAAAGCAAGAAUAAUAGAGUCGAAAUGCGUUGAUCCAUAUAAUAUUCUUAAUACGGGAAAAAACUAUCAAUCCUAUAUUCUUCAACUGUAUUAAAAUCUAUAGACAAUUAACCAAGAUACUUUGAAGACAGUAAUUAUCCGGAAUAACGAUUCUCAUCCGGUGUUACUACCUUCCUUGUUACGUUUGUGACUAAUUUUUAAUUGUCUAGACCAAACUAGCUAUCUACAACGCUAACGUUCGAAUCAAUGAAAUCAAAUGGUUCUGUAUCCGGAUUUAGUAUGAUGUAAACAUGGUACCGUAUCCGGAUUUAGUAUGAUGUAAACAUGGUACCGUAUCCUGAUUUAGUAUGAUGUAAACAUGGUACCGUAUUCGGAUUUAGUAUGAUGUAAAUACGGUACCGUAUCCGGAUUUAGUAUGAUGUAAAUAUGGUACCGUAUCCGGAUUUAGUAUGAUGUAAACAUGGUACCGUAUCCGGAUUUAGUAUGAUGUAAAUAUGGUACCGUAUCCGGAUUUAGUAUGAUGUAAAUAUGGUACCGUAUCCGGAUUAACGUAUUUUGACUAGAUCCACAGAUUGACAUUGUUUACAUGUACAAAGAUAAAUGUGUUUUGUACAUUUGUCUAGUGCUGUUACAUCUAACACAAAAUACAAAUAAACUUGUGUUUAAGAUAGUUAAAACAGAAAUAAAAAUGUGAUGUACA